AGGCCAAAUAAAGAAGGACAGCAGUGCAGCAUGUUGCGUCUGCUCUAUACAGAGGUAACUGCGUCAGUGCGCAUGCAGGGCAGGCUUGAAAUUCGCCUGAUCUGUCGAGGCGGAUGAAAGUAGAGGCUCGCUUUGGGGAGAGAGGAAAAAGUUCUCAACAAGGAGAGGCAGGACUACUCUGACGGAGCCCUGCAGUCUCACUUUUAUGCCUCUAAAUACUUUCCCUGCCAUCUUUUUUUGCGUUGUUUUGUUUGCUCUUUAACGCCGUUUUGACGCUUCCGAGAGAGAUUUCCUACUUUUUGACUUAAGUGAAAGCAGCAGCACCAUGGAGCUGCUCUGCCUCGAAAUGGACACCAUCAUACGAGCUCGUCCCGAUCCAAACCUCCUGUGCGAUGACAGAGUCCUGCAGAGCUUGUUGACCAUAGAGGAGAGGUUUCUACCGCAGUAUUCUUAUUUCAAAGGCGUCCAGAAAGAUAUCCAGCCGUUUAUGAGGAGGAUGGUCGCGACUUGGAUGUUGGAGGUUUGUGAGGAGCAGAAGUGCGAGGAAGAAGUUUUUCCCUUGGCCAUGAACUACUUAGACAGAUUUCUAGCCGUGGUACCCACCAAAAAGUGUAACCUGCAGCUGCUGGGAGCAGUCUGCAUGUUUCUUGCAUCCAAAUUGAAAGAGACUCGUCCAUUAACAGCAGAGAAGCUUUGCAUCUACACAGAUAACUCCAUCAGACCCCAGGAGCUGCUGGAAUGGGAACUGGUGGUGUUGGGGAAGUUGAAGUGGAACUUGGCAGCAGUAACGCCGAACGACUUCAUCGAGCACAUUGUGAGGAGGCUGCCGCUGCCCAAGGAUAAGCUGGCACUUAUACGCAAGCAUGUCCAAACCUUCAUCGCCCUGUGUGCCACAG